AUUGAAUGCACUUCAACUGCUUCCGCAAACGAAGUGCACCUCCUUUUGGCCCUUAUGUUCACACGGCUUGUAUAAGGAAACCAACCGCUCAUAAUUCAUAACUUAUACCAACGUCCCAUUCUUGCAGAUCAUCUUCAAAACCACACAAUCUUAUGUUUCCUUACCAGAGAUUGAGACAUCAGGAUGAAUAUUAUGGCCUGGAAGAAGGAGGAGGACAUGUUGGUUUUGGUUAUGAUGAAAGGGCGAGAAUUGUGAAGAAUGUUAAACCCAGAAGUUGGUACCGGCCGUCCUUCAGGGGCGUGCAAAUUCGGAGGAGGAGAUUCAGAGUGAAGGUUCCCAGGUUGAGGAGGCUGAUCUUGAGAAAGAAGUUCAGGGUGGUGUCUGCUUUCAGAGUGUCGUGUGCGAAGUUGAUGAGGAGAUUGAAGGAAAGUCAGAAUCAUUUUGGUGAUUUUUUUGCUGGGAAUUAUCUCUUCUUGCAGAUUAAUCCUGCCUCCAUGAAGAGGAUUCAAGAAUCCUGGCAAGCCAAUCAGGUUAAGCUCCAAGGCAUGCCUUCUGGCUUCUCUCUCUCCAGGGUCGCUUAAGGAAUGGAUCCAGUCUCUGGCUCACCACCGCAUGUGCGCCUUUUAAUUAAUUGAAUAAAUUUCAGUACAAGUGUUGUCGAUCUCUUCAUUUUGUUUCUGCAUGUAAGACCCAUUGAGAGUAAGCCUCAUUAGGUUCAAGUAAAGAAAUUUCUCUUUACUCCA